AUGGAGUCGAAAAUUCCACAGACCAUGUUUGCAUGGAGAAAGCACAGAGGAAAUCCACAACCUAGUGAAUGGGUCUGGGAAGAAGUGCCUGUUCCAACCACGCCUCCGACUGGCAUCUUGUGCAAGAUGCUUGCCUCUGGAGUCUGCCGAUCCGAUCAUUCUUUGCUUACUCUGGAGAAGCAAGCCUCGUGGUUUCAAGAAAAAUGGAUAAUGGGACAUGAAGGCUGUGGACGAAUCGUCCAAAUUGGAGACGGGGUCAAGGACACAACACUUCAAGUGGGCGAUGUCGUCGCCUUGCACGCGGUCCCAGGAUGUGCUAUGCCAGACUGUCCAGAGUGCUCCCGAGAUCUAAGUCAAAUAUGUGAAAGGGGACACCACUCUGGUAUAGGACAGGACGGAUUCUAUGCUCCAUAUGCAGCCAUUGACAUCCGUAGUGCCGUCCUUGUGCCACCGCAAGGUAUUACUCCAGCAGAGGCGGCAGUAGCCACAGAUGCAGUCACAACAGCAUAUCAUGCUAUCCACCGUCGGGCUGAAGUCAAAGCCACAGAAACAUGUUUCUUGUUUGGACUUGGGGGCUUGGGAUUUAAUGCCCUGCAGAUUGUCCACAACAUUGGUGCAAGAGUUAUCGUGUCCGACAUCAAACAGGAUUGUCUUGACGCAGCUGCAAAGCUCGGGAUUCCAACGUCUGAUAUAGUGCCGCUUGGAAAAUCCCCUCAAGAAUUCGUACUCGAAAAUGACUUGAAGAUUGACACUGUGCUAGAUUUUGUUGGAACGCAUCAAACAUUCGAAGAUGCACAACAAAUUGUUCGUCGUGGAGGAAAGCUCUUGUGCGUUGGAAGUCUUGAUACUGAAAACACAAUCCACAUGAAAAUUGGAACGAGGAAGAGACUGAGCUAUAUCUUCUCCUACGGCGGUCAAGUCCGAGAUCUUAGAGAGGUGCUCCAACUGAUUGCGAAUGGAACCAUCCGCCCUCAGGUCCAGCCUGCGAAGUUGAAAGACUUUCCUGAUAUACUACAAAAGCUGGAGGAGGGCAAAGUCGCAGCUCGUGUUGCUCUUAUUCACGAUUGA